CGUGUCGUCAUUGUGCGAUAUGAUCGUGUUUGCGUGCGACGUACGGAUGUGUUGGGUAUUUUUUGACGACAGAGCAAAGUGAAAAAUUCCUGUUGACUUUUGUUACGCAAAUUUCGCAGCGCUUUCGCGCAAAAACCGCCUAAAGACAUUUUCUCGGGCGCCGUAACAGCGGAGCCUUUUGAUUUCAAAGGCGGAACGUGCAGAAUUGUAGGGCGACGCGAAAGUCGACGAGAAGUCCGUGGCAGCGAGCAACGGGAUCUCAUCCACGACGUCAACGACAGACGACAAAGCAUUUGCAGUGCAAGCAGCGGUUCUGAUCCCGUGAGGCGAGAUUGAGUCGAUAAUUAGUGUUUUGGGUCGCGUAGGAAGGCAAGGCUAGAGGCGUAGAAACCACGCGGGUUGAACGUUUUCGUGGCAACCGCCAGACUCGCUGUUGCCAUCCCCAAUGUGGGGCUCCUGCGAUUCGCGAUCAAAGUCUGUUGGGAAUCCAAGACCACUUCUGUCAAGUUGCCCUCACCUUUCGCCAGAAAAGGCCAGGGCUGCUGUCGAGCUGAAGUCGCGGUUCGCGGCCGUGGAGGUUGCCUUCACCGAGCCGCAGUCAACGUCAUUGUAUUACUCGUCGGUUAGUCACUUGCUCUUGUCGAGUUUUGUUGGUUUAUCGGGCGCCGCCAGUGGUAGCUUCAGCGCGUUGCUGCUUGAAGCCGCCCACGUGGGACGCAACCAUUUGAUGGAACAAUUAUGAACCAAGAGCCUCAAAAUGCAGCUUUAACGCAGAUCAGUUAUUUGGUGAACAAUCUGACGAAGAAAAACUUUGUUUCGAAUAGCCGACAGUUAUCCCAGAUUGUCCAAGAGUUCGGCUUAGAAGCGGACCGCCAUCAUCUGCGUUGUCUAUUUGCGGCCAUUGACUUUACCGAACCAACAUCAACUCCGCAACAUUGUAAAUUACUUGGUAUCGAAUUGAACGAACAAUUGAAUAAACUAUCGUUAAUAUCAACACUUUGUUUCGCAAUCGAGCAUAACGUGCAAAAGUCUUUGAAACCAUCGGCUAUCCUCAUCUCACAAAUAUCUAAGGCCUGCGGUAAUUCAAAGCUACUCGAAGUUCUCAUUGCGCUAGCGCUUACCCAUUCGAAUCACAUCGAAUUAUCGAAAUUCGCUGGCGAUCAUCUGAGACGUUCGUUACCAGCACUAAUCGAAUCUUAUACGGAAAACGAAACAAACUCAGAACGAAGUCUUAACGACAUAUCACCGGAUCUACUACAACUAAUACUAUCGUUAAUUUGUCACGGCGAACAAUAUAUCAAUUACGGUCUAAGUCGGGAAACGUUUGAGAAAUUCAUUAAAAAAUUACGCGAAGAUUUUCCACGAGAACGGGUCCCGUUGAUUAUUGCACCGUUCCUCUACGCUGAGUCAGAGGACGAAAUCGAAGGUGGAGUUCUCUUGGACAAUUUCACCGAGUCCUUCUCAGCGAAUUCGCGCAUAAUGGACACAUCUUGGUCAAAUUUAGUAAUGGAAAUCGGCUAUGCAUUCACAGCUACUGUAGAAGACUGUAAAAAUCACUUGGUGAAAGUAUGCGGCCGUGACGUGCAAAGCCAGGAUGUCGCGAAAAUCAUUGGUCUGAUGUGUCGAACACAUACAAAUUUGUCAGAAUGUAAUGUUAACUUGCCGACUCCAGCCAAUUUUUGGCCUGGACAGACUGGAAGCGAAGCGAGCGGUAUAGAUAAGAAGGACCUCACGAAAGCAACAAAUGAUGGUACGCAAACGUGGAAGCCGGACGUUUUCGUCCAGGCUUUAAAAGAAGUAGCACCGAAUAUCAAUUGGAAAGAUGUUUGUGUAGGAUUGGACCACCCCGAGUUUGUAAUUAAGGAUAGGAUCGGGUUGAAUUUGCUCGUGACGAUUCUACGGCUUACUGGGAAUCACACUGUGGUUAUCUUCAUGGAGUGCGUUUACCGCCAUUGGCAGCAUCUGGAGGGCCAAUUGUCGAUCGUGGGCAUGAUCCUGAAAUAUCCAGACAUUAUUUCGUUUGCAGAUUACAUAGUUGCAGCAGUGCCUAUGGAGUUGCUCAAAACUCCGCCGGAAACUGAUAACAAAGAAAUUGGGGCUUGGAAAUCUCUACAUCUGGUGGAAGUUUUACUGUACAUAGCUGAGAAAGGAUACAACAAUCAGGUGCACGAGCUUUUCAAAUUCCCAGUUCAACAAUGCCCGGAUGUCCUUUUCAUGGCUCUGCUGCAAAUCAGUCCGCCUAUGUCAGGCUUGCGGCAGGAGUUGUUUUCCACCUUGAUUCCUACUUUCUUGAGCAAUCAUCCGAACUCGGGAGUGAUCCUACACCACGCCUGGAAUUCGUCGAAUUUCAGCCACGCCUUACGAGUUAUCAUAAUGCAUUCAAUGUCAGAAUGGUACCUUUGCGGGGAAUGUGAUCAAUCGAAGUUGUCGCGAAUUCUGGAUGUAGCACAAGACUUGAAGGCUUUGUCUAGCUUGCUGAAUGCCCGCUCUUUUUUGUUUGUUAUUGACUUGGCGUGCUUAGCUUCUCGUCGGGAAUAUCUCAAACUAGAAAAGUGGUUAAGUGAUAAAAUCAGAGAACAUGGUGAACCGUUUGUUCAAGCAAUCGUGAAAUUUCUACAACGGCGAUGCCCACAAAUAACCGGUGCGAAAAUACCAGAAGACCAGAUUCCGAAAGCUGCACAACUGCCGCACGAAACUCUAACAACAAUGCUAUCAUGCCUGCAGGCUUGUGCUGGGAAUGUGCAGCCUGAAUUGUACGAUAUGAUCGUGCAAAUGACGGCAAACUGCAACAUGAUGAUCCAUAAGAGGCAGCCGCCGCCACCUGGAGUGUUGCGGCAUCGUGGUCUGGACGCGACACCAUUCAAUGCUAAUCUGAAUGCACAGCAAAUGUUCGGAGCAGCCGUCGACUCCAUGUCUUUGAAUACCAGCAUGGCUGGUUUGAAUGUAGGGGGACCAAACAGUGGAUUCAACUUUGGGAAUGUUUUCGGCAAUCUCGUGUCGAAUCCUGCCUCACCAUCGCGGCUUCUGAAUCCAGCAUCAAAUAGCCCGUUUCCGAUUAUGUCACUGCCCGUGGCGCCUACGAAUGUAAAUAAUAUGGGUCGAAUUCAACCAACCCCACCGACGGGCGCUGCUUCACCAGCCGGCAUUACUGACAUUAUGCAGACAAUUUCGAAAGAAGUGGAUGACGAGGCCAACAGCUAUUUCCAGCGUAUAUACAACCAUCCACCGCAUCCUACACUCUCGAUUGAUGAAGUGCUCGAUAUGCUGCAGCGUUUCAAGGACUCAAGCGUUCGUCGCGAGCAGGAGGUGUAUCAAUGCAUGUUGCGGAACUUAUUCGAAGAGUAUCGCUUCUUCCCACAAUAUCCAGAGAAGGAACUUCAAAUCACUGCACAACUCUUCGGAGGAAUAAUUGAGAGAAAUUUAGGUCCAACUUGUUUUGCCUUGGGUUUGGCGCUGCGUUUCGUGUUGGAAGCGCUUCGGAAGCCAGUCGGAUCGAAAAUGUAUUACUUUGGAAUUACGGCUCUGGAUCGAUUCAAGUCGCGUCUGAAUCUUUACAAUAAAUAUUGUGAAUAUGUCCGAUCGAUUCCUCAUUUCAACGAGUUCCCACCACAUCUCAUACAAUAUGUGGAAUUCGGCCUUCAAAGUUUAGAGCCGCCUACAAAACCACAGGGACCGGUUUUACCACCAUCAAUGACAGGUAUGCUGCCACAUCAAGGCCAACAGCCACCGCAGAAUGAGCAAUUGUAUCGCAGUAAUUCAGUGACAGGCAACAUUGCCACCACCCCCACUCAGACGAAACCAACAUCCUUGACUUGUCAACCAAUCCAUCCUUCUCGAGUGAAAUCGAUUGCCACUGCCACCAACAUUGAUACUUUGUUGGUAGCAAACGCAGAUCGUGAAGAAAAAAUCACAAUUCCUCCCGAUAGUAUUCAGGAUAAGACAGCGUUCAUAUUCAACAAUCUGAGCCAACUGAAUUUGCAGCAAAAGUGCGAGGAAAUCAAGGAAAUCAUGACGAAGGAAUAUUGGCAAUGGCUGUCCCAAUAUCUGGUGCUGAAACGAGCAUCGAUAGAGUUCAAUUUUCAUACGCUUUAUUCAAACUUUUUGGAUGCUUUGAAAAACAAUGAAUUAAUCAGACUUGUUACGCGCGAGACCUUCCGCAAUAUUCGUGUCCUUCUCCGCUCCGAUAAGGGAAUUGCAAAUUUCUCGGAUCGCAGUUUACUUAAGAAUCUAGGUCACUGGCUCGGUAUGAUGACAUUGGCGAGAAAUCGACCAAUUCUUCAGAUAGACAUCGACUUGAAAUCUUUAGUUGUCGAGGCUUAUCACAAAGGCCAACAGGAGUUGUUGUAUGUUGUGCCGUUUGUGGCGAAAGUGUUGGAGUCAUGUGCGAAAAGUAAAGUGUUCAAACCCCCAAAUCCUUGGACAAUGGCGAUAAUGAACGUUUUGGCGGAGCUUCACGAAGAGCAGGAUCUGAAAUUGAACUUGAAGUUUGAAAUUGAGGUGCUCUGCAAAACGCUGAACAUUGAUAUCAACGAGCUAAAGCCACCAGUAUAUUUGAAAGAUAACGACAGAGCCGGAAACAUUGAGUGCCAACUCUCUUCAAAACCGAAACAGGAUGUCAUUGCGAUGGUUGAAGAUCAAUCGCUUGCUCAACUGAAUCCAGCAUCGGUACCAGCCUCAUCGCCCAGUGCAAGCAGUGAAAGCGCCGGACAACCGGUCAUAAAUCCUCCUGAGCCACGCUUCAGUUACGUCGACAUCUGCGUUAACAACUAUUCGACAGUUGCUCAAAAUCUUGUUCUUUCGCCGAACAUCGCAAUACUACACGCCAAUCCGAAUUUCAAACACAUCGUGCUCGGAGCCGUUGAACGAACCAUCACUGAAUGGCUUCAACCGAUUGUCGAUCGUAGCGUUCGUAUUGGUGUGAAAACAUGCGAGCAAAUAAUCCGAAAAGAUUUUGCACUAGAUCCAGAUGAAAAUCGCAUGCGAACUGCAGCCCAUUAUUUGGUGCGUAACUUGACAGCUGGUAUGGCAAUGAUAACAUGCAAGGAUCAACUUACCCAGGCGUUAUCUGGUAAUAUAAAAAAAACAUUUUUGACUGCAUUGAACCCACCACCGCAAAUACAAGAUGCCGAAGCGGCAGCUAUUCAAUUGGCCAGUGACAAUGCAGAGCUUUGUUGCGCCUUCAUUCAGAAGACGGCCACCGAGAAGGCUAUUCCGGAAAUUGAUAAACGAUUAGCAGCUGACUUCGAAGCUCGAAAGCUUGCCAGAGAUGAAGGACGCCGUUAUUGUGACCCUGAAGUGUUGACUUACCAAGCCGAGCGCAUGCCUGAACAGAUUCGACUGAAAGUAGGCAUUGUCCCAUCGACUCAGUUCGCUGUCUACGAUGAGUUUGCUCGGAAAAUUCCAGGUUUCCAGCCAUUAACUGAGCGGGACGCUGCGAUUUUUCUGCCUAAAACAUCAAUUCCAGAACUGCUUCAGACAAAUACAAGCGAUGAGCUUGGAAUAUUGUAUGCCGAGCUUGCAACCAAAAUGGAAUCGUUUUUGCACAACACCGUCAACAUUUCCGCUCUACAGUUGCAAACAACCAAAGUGCAUAACGUUCUGAAUGCACUGAUUGCAGCCCGACGACACCGAGAGAGCGAAACUGCUGUUACUAUGCUCACUCGUGUAGUUGAGGGAUUAACAGAGGGUCUUGUAAAUGUCCCUGAUCAAAUAGAGCCCAUGAAAAUCUAUCGCGACAUUCAUUUGCGAAUUUUGAACUUAUUGCGUAGUAUUUUCGGUGCCGCAGCUACAGAACGAGCCGUGACGAAAUGCAUUUUCGAGAUUGGAGAAGAAUAUCGUUACAACUUGGAAUCCAUGAAACUCCUAGUGAAUUCACGAUUCAUUAAUAUUCCGCAAUUAGAUCAACUUUUGAGCCAAGCUAUGGACAAUGGAAGUAACUACUUAGCCACUACGUUUGCUAUGCAAUUUGUACAACAUUUCUUGAUUGACGAACGAAUUAAUACUCCGUUCACGGAACAAGAAAUGUAUUGUACAAUUGAUUUGUUAGCGAAGCUGGCAGCACAUCAUUCGGGACCAGAAGGAUUGGCGCAUUUAAUGGAUUUGUUACGUAUCAACCACGAUCCGAAUUCAUUUAUAACAGAGCGACCAGCCGGACCGUCGCAAUAUAUCCAUUCGGGAAUAUUACAUGUUCGGUCAAGCGAUUGUGAUGAUCCACCCGGUUUGCAAGAGAAGACCGAAUAUCUCCUUAAGGACUGGUUCCAAAUCUACUUCACACAAAUCAAUGGACGUGAUCCUGUAAAGGCGUUCGGCAUGUUCAUUAACAAGAUGAACAUGUACGGCAUCCUAAAAACCGACGAUAUGAUAACUCGAUUUAUUCGCCAAGGAACGCAAUUUUGUAUUGAACUUUCAUACAGAAAUCUAAAUGAUCCGCAAAUCUCCCAAGGAGUGGCGAAAACAAAAAUUUUCCAGUGUAUUGAUGCGUAUGUACGUUUGAUAGCUUUACUAGUUCGGCAUUCGGGCGACGUAGGGAAUCCAAAUAUGAAGAUAAAUUUGUUGAAUAAAGUGCUAGGAAUAGUUUUGGGAAUUUUGCUGCAGGACCAGGAGUUGCGUAGCACGUCUUUCCAGCAGUUGGGUUACCACAGAUUCUUUAUAAUGCUAUUUUUGGAGUUGAGCGCACCAGAUCCAGUUCUGGAGAAUUUAAUGUUGAACAUUGUGACGGCGUUUUGCCAUACGUAUCAUCUGUUGAAUCCUUCAACCGCGCCAGGCUUCUGCUACUCGUGGCUGGAACUGAUUUCACAUCGUGUUUUCAUCGGGCGCAUCUUGGCUCAAAUCCCACAACAAAAGGGCUGGUCAAUGUACUCGCAGCUUCUCAUGGACCUCUUCAAAUACUUGGCACCGUUCCUACGCAAUGCUGAGUUGGCCAAACCAGUGCAGUUACUCUACAAAGGAACGUUACGUGUGCUGUUAGUGUUGCUCCAUGACUUCCCUGAGUUUCUAUGCGACUAUCACUUUGGAUUCUGCGACGUGAUUCCACCGAAUUGCAUUCAAAUGCGCAACAUAAUUCUGGCCGCAUUCCCAAGGAAUAUGCGUUUGCCAGAUCCCUUCACACCCAACCUGAAGGUCGACAUGUUGCCAGAAACUGCAACUGCUCCACGAAUCUACACCGAUUAUGUGAAAAAUAUUCAACCGUUGAUGUUUAAGAAAGACUUGGACUCGUACUUGAAAGCUCGGGCUCCGGUCACUUUCCUGUCGGAAUUGCGAGGACAUCUGCAAAUCUCAAACGAACCAGGAUCUCGGUAUAAUAUUCCAUUGAUGAAUGCGCUAGUUCUGUAUGUGGGCACCCAAGCAAUUAUUCAUAUUAGGAGCAAGAAUCUUGUCCCCAACAUGACAACGAUUGUGCACAGCGCCCACAUGGAUAUUUUCCAGAAUUUGGCCGUCGAUUUGGACAACGAGGGACGCUAUCUGUUCUUGAAUGCAAUAGCGAAUCAAUUGCGCUAUCCCAACAGCCACACGCACUAUUUCAGCUGUGCUGUAUUGUAUCUGUUCGUGGAGGCUAAUUCGGAAGCUAUACAGGAGCAAAUUACGCGUGUUCUGCUUGAACGCUUGAUUGUCAAUCGGCCGCAUCCAUGGGGUCUUCUGAUCACCUUUAUUGAGCUGAUUAAAAAUCCUGUGUACAAGUUUUGGGAGCACGAGUUUGUUCACUGCGCCCCAGAGAUCGAGAAGCUCUUUGAAUCAGUUGCCCGAUCGUGUAUGGUUAAGGCGAAUCAUCAGCAACAAUUGGCCAAUGUGGAAGCCGAGCUCGAGUGUAACUAAGAUCGGGAAUGGCAAUGACAACGGAGAUUUCCUUUUAGUGCAAUUGUGAGAUUACUUUAAUUGGAACAUCUCAUUUUUUUCGAACAAGAGCAACAGACCGCAAUCACACCUUCAAUGCUGCCAGAAAAUCAACCAUCUGCAAAGACAUAAUAAAGUUUAUGAGAAUUAAUCUCCAAUGACGAGGAGAAUUGUAUUUUCUACAAAAUGAAACAAACAAAUCUAGACCAAUUGGUGUCAUCUUCAUUUCAAACCUUGUAAAUUACAUUAAAAAAAAUUAACACGCGACCAUUUCUGGGCUAAAUUCGCCGUUGGCAUAAAAAAAAACAAAACUAAAUGAAAACCAUAGGAAACUGUAUAAUAAUUAUUUUCGGCGUACACGCGAUCUUUAACGACGUUCAUUUCGUACGAUUUAGUAGUUUAGUGG